AUGAAGGUUGCUAUCUGCCUGUUCGCUGUCAUUGCCCUGGCCCUGGCUGCUCCCCAGCGAGACGGAGGUGCUCUCACCGAUGAAGCUAUCCGGCAGGCACAGUCCCAGCAGCUGAUUCCACAGGACGCACAGAUCCAGGGCGUUCAGCAGGGUAUCCAGGUGGCCGCACUUGAAUCGAUCCCCGGAAGCCAGCGCGUCGAUCUGUUCCAGCUGCUCGGAGAUCAGGUUCCGCGUGAGGUCAUCACCAACCUGCAGUCGCAGGUCGACCAAGUUGGCCAGGUCUAAGCCAACUACUCCCACCUACCAUCUAUCUACGAAUCCCACUUUUCGGAGCACCUGCAUUCUCCUCGUUCAACAAAACGGGACGGGGAUUGCUCUAUUGCCGAGCGCUGGCUAUUCUUCCACGAAGGUGCCAACUGAAACUGUCUAAUGUAUAAGACCUUUUCGUACAUUUGUACUACGAAAAAGGGUGUGCGUGCGUGCGUGUUUGUUUUUUUAUUAUGUUACAAAUGUUGACUUUUUUACACUUAAUGAGUGAGAGAUGGAGAAAGGAAGGAACAGAAAUAUGAAAAAGUCAGAGAUGAGGAUAAAUUGGAGAUGAAACAAUAACAACAACACCGUUCAAACAA